CAAAAAAGGUUUUUUGAAAAAAGAUUAUUUUAUUUAUUUUAAACGCUAGCGAUCUCUAAAUUCUAAAAAUUUCUAAUCUCCCCAAAACUCGAAAUUGAAAAUCUAACUCAAAUUCACUGAGUCACUAUGGCCUUUCACGUUGCUUGCCCAAUUACAUGCAAGCGAAUUUGCUUUUGCGCGCUAGGGUUUCCGCAGAGCGUACAGAGUGCGAAGGCGCGUAGCGACUUUCUACGCGAGGUCGUUUUGGUGGAGCAGUUUUUGGACGAUCCUUGGGGAAAAAUUAGGGUUUCGAAGGAGGCGAGUACCGUUCAGGUCAGCGUUCCUCAGCUUCCGCACCCUCCUCCGCCGCCGCCGCCGCCGCAGCCGCUCAUUUUCGAUGGACUUGCUGCAGCUUCUGCUGAUGCGGCCGAAGAGGCCGCUGCCUCCUUGUCCGCGCAGACUAAGCGUGUGGCUUUGCAACGUAAGGCUGCUGCUGCCAUGGUUGCUGCCGAGGAUUAUGCGAGACGGUUCGAGUCCGGUGAUAUUGCGCUUGCCUCAAAGGAUGUUGCUGGAGAAGAACAGGGCCAGUCAAAUGCGAACAUAAUGUGCCGACUUUGCUUCGUCGGUGAAAACGAAGGGAGUGAAAGAGCAAGGAGGAUGCUUUCAUGCAAAAGUUGUGGCAAGAAGUACCACAGGAACUGCUUGAAAAAUUGGGCUCAAAAUAGAGAUUUAUUUCAUUGGAGUUCUUGGAAGUGCCCAUCUUGCCGAACUUGUGAGAUUUGUCGACGAACUGGAGAUCCAAAUAAGUUUAUGUUCUGUAGAAGGUGUGAUGGUGCUUAUCAUUGUUACUGUCAGCAUCCUCCACACAAGAAUGUUAGUUCUGGACCAUAUUUGUGCCCGAAGCAUACCAGGUGCCAUAGCUGUGGAUCCAAUGUCCCGGGAAAUGGCCUAAGUGUGCGAUGGUUUCUGGGAUACACUUGUUGUGAUGCUUGUGGAAGAUUGUUUGUGAAGGGUAAUUAUUGCCCUGUUUGUUUGAAGGUUUAUAGAGACUCAGAAUCAACACCGAUGGUUUGCUGUGAUGUUUGCCAGCGUUGGGUGCACUGCCAAUGUGAUGGAAUCAGUGACGAAAGGUAUCUGCAAUUCCAAGUUGAUGGGAAUCUACAGUAUAAAUGUCCCACAUGUCGUGGGGAAUGCUACCAGGUCAGAGAUCUUGAGGAUGCUGUUCGUGAGCUUUGGAGAAGAAAAGAUAUGGCUGAUAGAAAUCUAAUUGCUAGCUUGAGGGCUGCUGCAGGGUUGCCUACUGAAGAUGAAAUAUUUUCCAUCUCACCUUAUUCUGAUGACGAUGAUGAUGAAUAUGGUCAUAUGGUACUGAAGAACGAAUAUGGGCGUUCCUUGAAGCCCUCUCUCAAAGUAUUAGUUGAUAAGUCACCAAAAAAGGCAAAGGAACAUGGAAAGAAAUGGUCAAAUAAGAAUUAUCCCAAGAAAAAAGGAUAUCAUACGGCUUUGGUUAGUAAAACAGAACCACAGCAGAGUUAUGAAGAACAUCAUGAUGCUCUAUCUCAGAGACAAAGCUUGCUUGAUGACAUGCAGUCACCUCAUAAUGAAGGAUUAGCCAUAUCUUCUUCUGUUGCUGGGGUUGUAAGUCAUACUGAAGGAGUAUGCUCUGUCAAUCAGCCAGGGGUUUUGAAACACAAAUUUGUGGAUGAGGUGAUGGUGACUGAUGAAGACAAGAUAUCUAGAGUAAAAUUCAAGAGUAAUAAACCCCAUGAUUUGGAUAGCAGAGAUGAUUCUGGAAAACAUAGUAGCAAGUCUAAGACUUUAAAGGCAAAGAAGUUGGUUAUAAAUCUAGGUGCACGAAAGAUAAAUGUUACCAACUCUCCUAGAUCUGAUGCUUCAAGCUGUCAAAAGGAACAAGAUGUAACAACCACAAACGGCAUUGAAGAUACACCAAGCGUGCAGAGAACCAGUAACAAGUUUGUGCUGGAUAGACGUGAUGGUAGUGUUAAAUCUGGUGAUGGAGACAGAGUUGAUCACACUGGCCACUCAAGAGGUUUGAAGAUAUCAGGAAGAGAUGGAAAUGUGAUCAAAUUUGGAAAAGUCAGGCAAGAAAUUUCUGAAUCAAACACCAAAAAUGGGAGAGGGACUGCUGCUGAUGGAUAUGAACUGGAGAACAUGCGUUUAUCAUUAGGAAAAAGAAACAAAGACGGAAGCAGGGCUACAGCUGGGCCUGCUGGUGAGGUUGCGUCUGUAAGAGGCGACAAACUUUCCAGGAAGCAAUUGGAAGGCUGUCCUGAUGCGCAUGGGGAAAGCAAUGAUGAUACACCAAUUUUGCAUUCACUACCAAGGGAUUUUAGGCCUUCACUGAAGCUUAAAUUCAGGAAACCUAACCUUGACAAUCAGAAUUCUCAGGCUUCUCAGCUUGAGGAAGAAAAGAGUUCAAUUAAGGGCCAACGGUCAAAAAGAAAGAGACCAUCACCCUUCACAGACAAAUCCUCAUUUAUUGAAGAUGAAGAUGCUUCACAAUCUAAUCAAGACAGUUUAAUGGACGAGAUGAUGGAUGCUAACUGGAUUUUAAAAAAAUUGGGUAAAGAUGCAAUCGGAAAGAGAGUUGAAGUUCAGCAGCCAUCUGACAAUUCAUGGCAUAAGGGGGUGGUUACUGACACCAUUGAAGGUACUUCCUCAUUGUCAGUCACAUUAGAUGAUGGUAAAAUAAAGACCUUAGAACUUGGGAAGCAAGGUGUUCGGUUUGUUCCUCAAAAUCAGAAGAGGUUAAAAAGUUGAAGGGUGGUUGUGCUCUAUAAUUGAUUGUCUCAUCUAGAGAUUCUCUUCCGUCUUACAGAUGAAGAGGCAGAUGUCUAUCCUCCAGAACCUUGGAAAUUCCAUUUCCAUUUUUGUGUUAGUUAUGGUGCUGACCAAAUAUGCAGUGCAGCGAUGCUCCCACAAUUGAGGCUGUGGAUUUUUCUAAUGAAGAACUUUCUUGUACUGUGUCAGGAUUGAUUCUAGAUGAAGGAAUGCAGGCCCUCUUUCUUUCUUUUGUUGCUAUUUUUUCUAGUACAUUUGAACGCUUACUUGAUUUGAAAUGUAGCCAAUAUAUAUAGACUCCAUAGUUAGGCAUCAAUCUAGUGAAAAAGGGCGCUGUUGAUGGAUACUCUGCCUAGCACAUUUUAUGUGAAAUGAACGUCUUUGAAUUCCAAAUA